AUGAAAACACCGCCUCGUCGAUCGAAGCGUGUUGAUCAGGAAUCGGAAACACCCAAGGUUACAACUCCAGUGGCUCUACGUACAGCGCGAAAGAAGAAGCACUGUUCCAAAACUCGGACGGUUCGGGUCAGACCCGAGUACCCACUGACCCGCACCACCCCCGAGAUGAAGCUAAUGCCUCCAGAGUUCUUCCAAAUCGACGCGCUUGAUCUUGCGCCGCGUUUGCUCGGGAAGUUUCUAAGGAGAGACAAUGUUGUCCUGCGUAUUACAGAGGUAGAAGCUUAUAGACCAAAUGAUUCAGCUUGCCAUGGACGGUUCGGGAAUACCCCACGGACCGCACCUAUUUUUGGAUCUGGAGGACAUGCGUAUGUUUAUCUUUGUUACGGUCUUCAUAUGAUGCUCAAUAUUGUUGCUGAUAAGGAUGGAGUUGGAGCUGCUGUUUUGAUACGGUCUUGUUCUCCUGUUACCGGGCUGGAGACCAUAAAGGAGCGUCGUGGCCAGAAAACCGACAAACCUGUUCUUCUCAAUGGACCAGGAAAGGUCGGACAAGCGCUUGGACUUUCAACGGAAUGGUCUCAUCAUCCUCUCUAUUCUCCUGGAGGACUGGAGGUUCUGGACGGAGGAGAAGAUGUGGAGAAAGUAUUGGUUGGUCCUCGCGUUGGGAUAGAUUACGCAUUUCCUCAACAUGUUAAUGCCUUGUGGAGAUUUGCCAUUGCAGAUACUCCAUGGAUAAGUGCUCCUAAGAACACUCUUAAACCUCUCUAA